GAGAACACAGAAAUGGAUUUGCAAUUGAAAAUGAUCGCAUUUGCCUUAUUGAUAUUUCAAGUUUCUUCUUCUGCGAGAGCUCAAUCUGGAGUCUUUGAUAUAUCAAAAUAUGGAGGAGCCCCUAAUGGAGAUAUAACUCAACCUUUGACAAAUGCUUGGAAAGAUGCAUGUGCAUCAACAAACCCUAGUAAAAUUGUGAUUCCUACAGGCACAUACCACUUAAAACAAAUAGAAUUGAAAGGGCCUUGCUUGGCCCCUAUUGAGGUUCAAGUUGAUGGAACAAUUCAAGCACCAGAAGACCCAAACCAGUUCGAUGGAGAAGCUCAAUGGAUUAAAUUUUCCUAUAUUAAUUCCUUUACCUUGUCUGGUGGUGGAACUUUUGAUGGUCAAGGUGCAAUUGCUUGGGACCACAAUAAUUGUGCAGAAACCAAGAUCUGCAAGAAGCUUUCCAUGAAUUUUGGAUUUGGUUUCCUCAACAACACCAUCAUUCGAGACAUAACAUCAAAGGACAGCAAAAAUUUCCAUGUGAACGUUUUGGGAUGCAACAACAUUACAUUUACAAACUUCAAAGCUAUUGCACCUGGAGAUAGUCCCAACACUGAUGGAAUUCACAUUGGAAGAUCAACUGGUGUCUACAUUACUGACACUAACAUUGCAACUGGUGAUGAUUGCAUCUCAUUGGGUGAUGGUAGCAGAGAAGUCAAUGUCUUGAAUGUGAAAUGUGGACCUGGACAUGGUAUUAGUGUUGGAAGCUUAGGAAAAUAUCAAGAAGAAGAACCUGUUCAAGGUUUAUCAGUAAAAAAUUGCGUAUUAAACAACACAGAUAAUGGUGUGAGGAUCAAGACUUGGCCUGAUACUCCGGGAACUAUUACAGUUACUGAUAUGCAUUUUGAAGACAUUAAAAUGAUUAAUGUCAGGAACCCUAUCAUUAUAGAUCAAGAAUAUUGUCCAUGGAAUCAAUGCACCAAACAGAAUCCAUCAAAAAUUAAAAUAAGCAAGGUUUCCUUCAAAAAUAUCACUGGAACUUCAGGAACUCCAGAAGGAGCUGUUUUGCUUUGUAGCAGUGGUGUACCAUGUGAAGAUGUGACGCUUGCUGACAUAGAUUUAAAAUUCAAUGGAACUCCUGCUUCUGCAAAACUUUCCAAUGUCAAACCCAUAAUUCAGGGAAAAUCAUUAUUGCUAAAUUCCACGACCACAGGUUAAAUUGUAAUAACCAAGAAGUCAUCUUCUUCCUAA